AUGGACCACGGCGAUAUCUCCUCGGCAGAGCCCUGUGCAAAAACCAGCAGGUGUCGGAGGCUUCAAAGAGAGGAAUGUGGGGAGACUGGGAGGUUUCGGUUACGCUAUGUGUCACUGUGCAAUUACGACUACUACGGACCAGGGACAACAGUCACCGUAAAGCCAUGGGCCGAGUCUCUGGUGGAGUCCGGGGGAGCUGUGAAACCGGCCGGAGAGUCUCUCCGUCUCUCCUGCACGGCCUCCGGAUUCACCUUCAAGGACUACUCGAUGGGCUGGUAUCGUCAGGCUCCCGGGAGAGAGCCGGAAUGGGUCUCCCACAUUGACCCCACCGGGAAGACCUCGCAGCUCGCAGAGGCGGUGAAGGGCCGCUUCUCCAUCUCCAGAAACAAUGGCCGAGGCCUGCUGUACCUGUUGCUGGACAGCCUGAGACCCGGGGACAGCGGGCGGUAUUACUGUGUGAGGCUCACAGGGAAAGACAAUGAUGCAAAACUAACUUUCCACAAUGGAACGGAAGUUACAGUGGAACCAAGAGUCCGAGCCAAAUCCCAGCCCAGGGUCUUCGUCCUGAGGAACCAGAGCUUCGCCGCUUGCCUGGUGAAGGAUUUCUACCCCAAGGAGCUGAGCCUGACUCUGUCCGCCCGCCGCCCGCCACUCACGGAGCCUCUCCAGGCCACGGCCCGCACGGCCCAGGGAACCUACAGCGCUGUCGGGAUCGGACAGUUCGGCGAGGAGGAUGCGGUGACCUGCUCUGUGCGGCACGGCUCGCUGCAGAUGGACGUGACCGAAGAGCGGGACGCAGCCCCAGCACAUCCCCGUUCAGAAAAGUCCAGGCAGUCUGACCCUGCUGGUCCAGAAAGACGUUCCACAGCACAUCCCGAGCCAGAAAAUCCUGAAGAAUCUGUCCUCACCUGUUCAGAACAGAGCCUCACAGGGGACCGCGAGUGGGGCAACACACUGUCCACUGUCAUUCUGGCGCUCAGAAUCCUGCUCGUGAAAAGUGUCGCACUCAAUCUUCUUCUGACAGUCCGGGCCUCUUGCCGCUGAGGCUGCUGGAGCCUCCUGUCUGGGACAAACCAUCCUUUGUUUCCACUGGCCCUGAAUCAUUUCCCUCCCUGGUGUCUGGAAUAAAGACCUGUUGCUGACCCA